GUUUUUAAAAAUGGUUGCACGUUCAAUCUAUGUUCGGGGAGUUCCGCCCGAUGCAAGCUCCAGUGAUUUGAUGGAGCAUUUUGAAGAGUAUGGAAAAGUGAAUGACAUUUAUAUUCCAAAGUCGUACCACAAUGGUCGUCCACGUGGAUUUGCCUAUGUCAAAUUCGAUAAACAAGAGGAUGCCGAGCUAGCAAUGGAGAAAAUUCCUUCUAUUGUUAUCCUUGGUCAAACAUUAAACGUUGAAUGGGCUACUGGGGAAAGAAAAACUUCUAAUGAUAUGCGCCGUGCUGAUGAUCGUAGCGGCAGAUAUCGUUCCAAUCGGUACCAUUACGAUGAUGAUGAUUACUAUUCUUCCCAUAGACGCGAUGGUGGCCGUGAUCGAUACCGUGACAGUAGUCGUGAUCGAUACCGCGAUAGUAGCCGUGACCGAUAUCGCGAUAGUAGUCGUGACCGAUAUCGCGAUAGUAGUCGUGACCGGUACCGUGAUAGCAGCCGUGACCGAUAUCGCAACAGUAGUCUUGAACGAGGCCGAGACAGAGACUACGGACGUGAUCGUGACUAUGGUAGGGAGAGAGACUCUCGUCGUCGCUCACGUUCGCAUAGCCGAUCUCCUCAUCAUUCGUCAUCUGCAAGGGAUAAGAGUCCUGAAAAUCGAUCUCGCUGAUACAACUUUUGUCAAUAGCAGUGGGUUUCAAGUUUUUAUCGUUUAACUAUAGUUGGGAUUGAAACCUGUCUGCGGUGAGUGUUUUUUCAAUCUCCUAUUCUGAUUAUUGGAAAUAAAAAAAAAUCGAGAU